AUGGAUUCAUUCAGUGGAGGAGGGAGCUGGACAAAGAUCCCAAACUUGUUGGUUGAGAAUGGAACUCGGGAUCAGCAUUCUGAUGCUUUGGUUAAUGAAUUGAACACUCACUUUGACAAGUGUCAGCAGCUGUUGAAUUCAAUUUCAAGCUCAAUUAACGCUAAAGCUGUUAUGGUUGAUGGAGAAAAGCGAAAGCUGGACGAAAGAUACCAAUUGCUAAACCAAAGGAGGGAGCUAAUUGGCAAUUAUAGAAAUUCUGUUAAAAAAGUUUCUCAAGUGAGCCAUAACUGCUUUUCCUUCUUGAGCAAAGAGUAG